GGUCGACCUGUCCACCUCCGGGAUGUCCGCAUCCGUCAAGAAGAAACACGUCCGCUUCGCCAGCAUGGAGGAGGAAGGAGAUAACGACGAGCAGGAGGAAGACACCGUGUUCGACCAGAUGAGCGACUCCCGGAGCGGACUGAAGAGCGUCCUUAAAGCCGCGUCCAGGGCUCCUAAGCCCGGCUCGGAGCGUGUCCGGGUCGCGUCGGGUUCCGAGGGCUGCAGGAGGUGGUCCGUCACGCUGGCGCUGUGCGCCUCCUUCCUGGGACUGGGCAUGAGUAUCUCGGUCCUGGGUCCGACCUUCCAGGACUUGGCCGACAACUUGAACCGCAACAUCAGCAACAUCUCCUUCGUGUUCGUGGGUCGCUCGGCUGGAUACAUCGGAGGCUCUCUGAUCGGAGGGGUGCUCUUCGACUGCAUGAACCCCCACCUGCUCCUGGGGUUCUCUCUGCUCGUGACGGCAGCAGGUAUGUGUGCCAUCCCCUUCUGCAAGAUGGCGGUCGUCCUCACCUGCCUCAUGUCCAGCAUCGGGGUAUCCAUGGGCAUCCUGGACACUGGUGGUAACGUGCUGGUGCUGCAGACCUGGGGCGCCGGGGCCGGCCCGCACCUGCAGGCGCUUCACUUCAGCUUCGCCGCCGGGGCCUUCGUCUCGCCCGUCCUCGCCAAGCUGCUGAUCGUGGCCGACGCCCCCUCGCCCUCGGCCACGCCCCUGACCCCGCCCCCCAACGCCAACGCCAGCGCCGCCUUGGCUCCCGUUGCCACGGCGCCCUUCUCCCAUCCCGUCAUGCACUCCAUGAGCUCCAUGUGGGCGUACGUCAUCAUCGGCUGCUUCGUCCUCCUCACCUCCCUCCUCUUCCUCCUGCUCCUCCUCUGCGGGGGGGGGCGGGCCGGCGCCCCGGCCUCCCCCGGCGGGACCCCCGCCUCCCGGGGGCCGGCCCGCCACCACACGGCCCUCAUCGUCAUGCUGUCCUUCUUCUUCUUCUGGUACGUGGGCGCCGAGGUGGCCUACGGCUCCUUCAUCUUCACCUACGCCAAGGACUACGUGGGCAUGGCGCCGCGGGCGGCCGCCGGCCUCAACUCCCUGUUCUGGGGGUCCUUCGCCGCCUGCCGGGGGCUGGCCGUGCUGCUGGCCGCCCGCCUGCCCCCGGGGGCUCUGAUCCUGGCCAGCCUGGGGGGCAGCACGCUGUCCUCCCUGCUGCUCUGCCUGUUCAGCCGCAGCCAACCCGUGCUGUGGGCCUGCUCCGCCUGCUACGGCGCCGCCAUGGCCACCACCUUCCCCAGCGGCGUGGCGUGGGUGGAGCAGUACACGGUGGUGUCGGGCCGCGCGGCCGCGGGCUUCGUGGUGGGCGCCGCGCUGGGCGAGAUGGUGCUGCCCGCCGCCCUGGGCCUGCUGCUGGAGCGCUCGGCGGACACGCCCCUCCUCAUGUACCUCGCGCUGCUGGCCGCCGCCGUCACCUCCACGCUGUUCCCCGUCAUGUACAAGCUGGCCACCGCCCCCGCCGCGCCGGGGGGGAAACCCCGCGGCGGCGGCCGGCGGCGCCACGACGCCCAGGACCGCGAGGACCGCCAGGCGCUGCUGGACUCCGCCCCCAACGAGGAAGAGGAGGAGGAGGAAGAGGAGGAGGGGACGGAGGCGGACCAGUGGAACGACGCAGACUUUGAGGUCAUCGAGAUGGACGACGCCCCUAGCCUCGUUAGCGCGCCCGCCGCCACCAAUACCUCGCCGCCCCCCCACGCAGCCAAGUCUCCGCCCCCGGUCGCCAAGGCGACCCCGCCCCCGGGCGCCGCGGCGGCGCCGCUGCUCCCGGACUCGUCCCCGCGCCGCCUGAAGCUGCCCUCCCCCGCCCGCGAGAAGAGGGACUAG